UGCCAAUACUUCAUAGAUAUAUUGGUGUAUUAUAUCCUUAUAUUUAAUUUAGUGCUGAUGAAAAAUACAUUUCAUGACUACCAAAUCGAACUUUACUCAUUCGAUGCAGAAAUAUUCGUAGAUAGCUACUCCUACAACGUCGAAUACAAGAUAAUUGUGUGGUUUGCCAUGUUAGUAAUGUAUAGAUGUGGUUCAUUUGCAACUUUUUAUGCACUUUCUCUCGAUUUCAUACAAUUUCCUUUAUACAACCAGGUAUUAUACUAUUUAGUUUUGUUAGCCAGUGAUAUUGUAUUGCUAGUGUACGCGUACGUGUUCAGCUAUGCGUACGAGCGAAUGAAAAGUUUCACGUUGUUCGUAAAAAAGGAUGAUGUCGACAUUGUAUCGUGCCAUUAUCUGUACAAAAACUUGGCCGAGAUGGUUGAAAAAGUGAAGAAAUCGUUUGAUUUGGUGCUCAUCUUGACUCUUUUGGCCAACACCACGGAUGCAAUAUUGCACGUUUACUACCCGUUUGCAGACAAGGCUCCUCUACCGAACACCCUAAAGGAGACGUUCUACGCGAUAGUAGCGUACGCGGUAGUCGCUCAACAGCUGCUGAUACUGUUCUUCCCGGCGUUCACUGCUGGACUGCUGGCCGACCAAGUGGAAAAGUUGAGGCUUGCACUCUACGACAGGCUGAUAAAGGAUAAUAGCAAUGCGAAGGACUUAAAGCGGUUCGUGGGCUACGUCGACGGGCGCCCGCUGCGGUUCCGAGUGUGGUGCGUGGUGCCGCUAGACUGGCGGCUACCCGUCAUCGUCAUCAACAUUUCCAUUACCUACAUCAUUGUGAUGAUCCAGUUUAUGCGCAAAUAG